GGAACGCCUGUGAUCAGGUCAGAUGUCCCAAGCUGAAAGUUUGUGUCGUCAACAUGCAGGGACUUCCGUUGUGCACCUGCCCCAGCAUGUACCUGUGUCGUGGGGUCAAGGCACGAGAAGUGUGCGGCACGGAUGGCCAGACUUACGAGUCGAG